GCAAUAGCUGGUUUUGGGGAAGCAGGAGAGAGAUGAAGAGAUAAGGGUUAUUUACCCGGGGAGGGCACGAGGUGACAGCACUGCUCAGCAUGGCACGGACCGCUCGGUCGCAGGGUCACGCUCACCGUGGAGCGAAGCCAUCCCAUCAAACCCAUCUCCCUACAUGCAUGAGAUCUCUUCCCUUGAGAGAAGAUGGUUUAGGUGGUGAAGUUCUUUGCUGAUGGGUUUUGGGCUUGGCUUUCUGCAUAACUGAAUACGAUAAAUAAGGUGCCUCACCCACUUCUAUUCCCAUCACUGUGCUCUGUGCCUGGAAUGUUUUUGAGGUCAAGGAAGACAUUUGUGUCUGUGCAGCUCGGUCCUUUCCCACCUGCGGUGGCAACAAUGAGGAAGGGUUAGCGCUAGAGCAGGGCAGGAUUUGGGGGCUGGAACCCAUCUUCCCCUCUGCUGACGCACAGCCUUUGACUUCUCAGGGUGGGGUCACAUUUCUCUGGCCCUGAGGAGCUUAACUUCUCUCCUUUCAAAAAGAAAGAAGUCACGUUACAGACCGCAGCGAGGAUGGGAUCCGUGUGCUUGGGUGAGGGGAGAGCACUUGCGCAACAUCUCUGGGGUGACCUCGGCGGGGAGACGGGGACGGGGUUUACUCCUCCCGGGAUGCCUCUGGUGGAGACCACGCUCGGAGCCCCGAUCCGUGGCAGGGGUGGAACUGGAUGUGUUUUGAGGUCCCUUCCAGCGCAGCCCCUGCGCGGUUCCCCGUCGGGGGCUGCUGCCCCGGGGCUGUCUGCUGGGCCCCCGGUGCCCUUCCUGCCCGCUCAGCGCCCCUUCCUGCAGCGACCUGAGCUCGCUGGGACGGUGAAGGACACAGCGCGGGCCCUGCGCGGCUCUCUCCGGUGCUGCCACCGGCCGCUGCCCCGGGGAUGCCCUGCGAGGCCUCAGCGCUGGUGGCUCUGCUUCUCCCGGUCUCCUUUCCCAGGGAAAGCCCAGACCCCGCGAGGUGAAGCUGAGCUGGUAAUCGAGGUGCAGAAGCCGGAGGUUCAGAGCCCCCCUGGGCUAAAUACACUGAUUUAUCCUCCCUCUUUUAUCCUUUGCAGCCAACAACAGAGGGAGAGCCUUCCCUGCCGUGGGCCACGCUCCCAGUGCCCGCAGCAUAACAAGCUUAAUUAGUAAUAAUGCAAGAAUCAUUAAAUGCCUUUGGUAAUGAAUUGCAGACAUUACUGCUCUGCUUUCCACCUGGAAGGAUCCCAGCCACAAAUACCUGGAUGCCUGCCGCAUCCCGUCGCCCAGGGAGGCUGAGCGGGUGAGGAUGAAUGUGCCCGACGUGAGUAAACCCGGUGGGAUGCUCCUUCCCCCGUGUCCGCAGGCAGGCGUGAUGCUGCCUCUGUGCCGGUCACCUGGGGGUUAAUCACAGCCUGCGCGGGUGCCCUGGAGCUGCUUUUGGGCCAUCCCGAUGUCUUGGGGCAUCUCUUUUCUCACAAAUCAAACUGUUCUCUGAUUUCCCUCCUCUCUGCUCUUUCCCUUCCAGCCCUCUCUGCUGCUGCCUCACAGUCCUUCCCCGUUUCCCUGCUCCCUUUUCUCCCCACUGGCUGGGUUUGCCUUCUCCAAACCCUGGCUGCCCCACAACUCUGGUGGCCGAGCCAGAGUCCAGCUGGAGAUCUCCAUCCCCAUGGUUGGGAUACACACUGGAGAGGAGCAGGAAAUUCCUCCUCUGGGCACAUCCAGCCCUGGUGCUGCAGACGGCAGAGGGUGCCCGGGAACCAGGAAUCCUGAGCUGGAGGUGUUGCCUGGGGCCAUCCAGAUCCCCAGGGGGAAUUCGGUGUCACAUGAAAGAUCUUGGAAGCUGCGCUCUGCCCCUCAUGGCUGAGCUCCAGGCAGGAGUGGGCUUUGUUUGAGGAGGGUAUUCGGCCUCCGAAGAGGGAGAAGGGGGCGAGGACGGGGAUUUUUCCAGUGUGAGUUGUUUUGGGUUCGCCUGGAUCCCUGCUGUGGUGCAGUUCCCUAGAAAGCAGAGUCCCGUGGGCACGGGUGGGGUAGUUGAGGGACACGGAUGGAGGCUGCGUCUGCUGUUGUCUUCCUAGUGACUUUAGGGAUAUAUAUAUAUAUAUAUAUAUAUAUAUAUAUAUAUUUACCAGGAAAAAACAAGCUGUGAAUGUGCCGGGUAUUGCUCUGAAAUCAGCAGCAGUCCCCAGACUGCCCUCAGCCACCUCCGCGUGGAGCAGGAGCCUCCCUGCGGGUCCCUGCUGCUGCCCCGCUCCCGUGGCGCUGCGAGGGGACACAGCGGGGGCUCAGAUCCAUCAGCCCACGCUUCCUUCUGUGGCCGCUGCCACCCCUCGCUGCGGAUGGGGUAGAUACGGCGAGGGGCGUCGGGCAGGAUACGGCCCAUCAGCCUCUCUGGCAGUCUCUGCGCUCAGGGCACAGGUAGCCCUGGCGAGCGGCAGCUGCGUGGCCCUGUACCCACAGCUCUUGGCUGAGCGCGAUGCAGCGAUGCAGCUUAAUUGGAGCUUUUAAUUGCCGUGGAGCUGGGGCGUGAAGGUUCGCUGCGAGCAGCGCUCGGGGACAGAGGAUGCUUAGGACCCAGGGGAAGUGCUGGAGAGCCUGUCUGGCUGGGCUUGGAGGAGCUCCUGCCUCCCCAGCCAGGACUUCUCAGGUGUCCUGCGACCGUGACUGCGACCGUGACGCUGCGCCAGGCGAGCGGGGCCCUGCCAGCAGCUCCCCGUUCCCCACAUCCAUGCCCAUCCUCUGAGUCCCCCGGGGCACCCAUGCGCCUGCCCAGGGACCACUCCACACCAUGAACGACCAGUACCACCGAGCAGCCCGGGAUGGCUACCUGGACCUCCUGAAGGAAGCCACCAAGAAGGACCUGAACUCACCGGACGAGGAUGGCAUGACCCCAACCCUAUGGGCUGCCUACCACGGCAACCUGGACGCCCUGCGCCUCAUCGUCAGCAGAGGGGGAGAUCCAGACAAAUGUGACAUCUGGGGGAACACCCCUCUCCACCUGGCAGCAGCCAACGGCCACCUGAACUGCCUUUCCUUCCUCAUCUCUUUUGGGGCCAACAUCUGGUGCCUGGACAAUGACUACCACACCCCGCUGGACAUGGCAGCCAUGAAGGGGCACAUGGAGUGUGUGCGCUACCUGGACUCUAUUGCUGCCAAGCAGAGCAGCCUCAACCCCAAGCUGGUGAGCAAACUGAAGGACAAGGCCUUUCGGGAUGCGGAGAGGAGGAUUAAGGACUGCGUGAAGCUGCAGAAGAAGCACCACAAACGAAUGGAGAAGCAGUACAGGAAGGAGAUGUCGGAUAAUUCGGAUACCAUGAGCUUCUCUAGCUAUUCAAGUAGCACCUUAAGCAAAAAGUUCCAACACAUGUCCAUGGUGACUUCCCUGCCAUACUCACAAGCCACCAUCCACGGCACAGCCAAGGGAAAGACGAAAAUACAGAAGAAGCUGGAGAAGAAGAAGCAGGUGGAUGGGACGUUCAAGAUCUAUGAGGAUGGCAGGAAAAGCGUGCGGUCUCUGUCCGGCCUGCAGCUGGGGAACGACGUCAUGUUUGUGAAGCAGGGCACAUAUGCCAGCCCCAAGGAGUGGACUCGGCGUAAUAUCAGAGACAUGUUCCUCACGGAUGAAGACACUGUCUCCCGUGCCAUAAGUGACCCGGGUUUGCACAUGGACUCUGCCCAUUCAGAAGUCAGCACCGACUCUGGCCAUGACUCCUUGUUCAACCGCCCUGGGCUGGGCACCAUGGUGUUCCGGCGCAACUACGUCAGCAGCGGUCUGUUUGGGAUCGGCCGGGAGGACGCUGGAACACUGGGUGAAGACAAUGCAGAUGGGGUAGGUGUCAAACUGCGGAGCCGCCUGCAGCGCUCGCCAAGUCUCAACGAUAGCAUUGGCAGUGCCAACAGCCUGCAGGAGAGGAACGCAGAGGAGCUGCCCUGGGAUGAGGUGGAGCUGGGCUUAGAUGAUGAUGACGAACCCGACACCAGCCCCCUGGAGACUUUUCUGGCUUCCCUGCACAUGUUUGAGUUCAUCUCCGUCUUGAAGAAAGAAAAGAUUGAUUUGGAGGCCCUCAUGCUAUGUUCAGACAAUGACCUCAAGAGCAUCAAUAUCCCAUUGGGCCCAAGGAAAAAGAUUGUGGAUGCCAUCCAGAGGAGACGGCAAACUCUGGAGAAGCCAGAUGUCAUUGUAGACACUGAACUGUAAGUAGGAGAUGGGGCCUCUGAGCGAUUAAACCCUUCAGCAGGUGGAGAUGUGGAUAAUGUAAGCUCUUGUUUUCAACCCGCUUGGAAGAGUAGGAGUCCAGGUAACCUCAGUGCUUUUGUGUGUGGGCAAAUUCCUGCUCGUGUGGAAACGAUGAGAGUUUGGAGAGGUGGCAAUAGUGUGAGUUCAUUACUCAACAGCCCUGAUGUGGCUGGGCAGGACGCAAAGCCCUUGUUUUGUUUCAUAAUCCAUGUGAAUGCAAACUGCUCUGUGGUCUGACUGCUGAGUCCCUGUAGCUGAGAUUUUCAGCCACGCUUUGGCUUGUCUUGACUCUUUGCCUUUGGAAGGUGUUAGGAAAUCAGCCGCAAUUCCUGGUGGGAGCAGGCUGACGGCAGUGCCCGGUGGUACUGGGAAUCCUUCCCGAAAUGCUUGAGAUCCUGCUCAGACCCUUGGUGAUUAUACCUCUGAGUUGGAGCUGUUGCUGGUUCGUGGUGUUUCCAGGGUUUGGUGGGUUUGGUUCAAGGGCCCUGUGCCUGCCAUGGGAAGGCCUUAGUGCAGGUCUGCCACUGUCACAUCCACUGACACUUGAUGCUCUGUGGUGUUUGGGGUCCCCAGCCUCCAAACGCCUGUGUGCUUCUUGCUGGCUUUGCAGGCUCUCGGUGCAGCUCAGUCCUGGAUCCUCAGAGUGCUCACAGGUUUUUCUCUUUCCCUUUGCAGAUAGCAGCAGCAGCAUCCUUUUCUUUUAUUUUUUUGUUAAUGAUCGAGAAACAAACGCAGUUCUAAGUUGCCAGAAAACACAAGCCAGACACUUCCUGGGGCAGCUGAAAGCCACAGCCACCCCCACGGGUCCCUCGGGACUGCCCUCCUGCUCCCUCGCUCUGCUCCUGUCUGUGUGACGCGCGGGUGGGACCUGGUGUGGAGGAACCACUGCUGAGAUCGGAUCAGGCAGCUCCAGCCUCGAAGGGACCACAUCAGCCGCUCGCUGGAGGAACAAGAGCGCUGCCCAGCUGGCUCAGACGCUGCUGGCACAGCCUGGGGGACCACGCGAAGCCAUGAACAGGAGGAGAUACAUGAUGGUAUUUUCCAGGGGACCCAAAAUAAAGAAUUAUACCCAUGCUUUCCCGAGCAACUGGUUGAUUUGGGAGUUGGGCUGGAGGAGCAGGGGAUGGGGAGUCCUGGCCUCUCUCCUAGAUCCUGGCUGCUUUGGUGCAGGGGUUGAUACUGUGGUUUUGGAAGGCAGUUUUGCUUGGUUUGGUUUGGGGUUGGUCAGGUUGAGACGUGCAA